AUUCGUAUAAUCUACACUAGAUAAGUACGUCAGUGCAAGAAUCGUAUCUACUCACAAAACGUGGCGUCUCUUCCGCCGUACCUAAAUAAAAUCCACGACUAGCAACUCCCAAGAACUUGGCCACGCCAUCAAAAAUCCUGACUCGCAUAAAAAAGCGUUCUUUUAUGGAAAAUGAAAAAAAAAGAAGAAGAAGAAUUUAGAGGAUUUGAUUCCGAUAGGGACAGUGUUUUUCUCCCGUGGAAAGGAAUUAAUGUUAUUCUGUAAUUGGGAAUUGAAGAUCCUUAGCUGGUGAUUAGUUUGGUUCAUUAGUUGUAUGGGUAUAUAUACGGCGGAUUUGGCAGAUAUUGUUCAAGAAGAAGGAGAGGCGGAUCAAGGAGAGGGAGAGGCGCUGCUUUUGGAGAGCAUGGAAGGGAUACAUAUUCAAGGAGAUUCUGGUAGUUGGAAUCAGAAUUUGACCGAAGAAGACAAGUUAGGCGUUGAGGUUCCUGAGACUGCACAUCAGAUUAGCAGUGAUUCAUGGUUUCAAGUGGGUUUUGUCCUCACCACUGGUAUCAACAGUGCUUAUGUCCUUGGAUAUUCUGGGACAAUCAUGGUUCCACUGGGUUGGAAAGUUGGUGUGGUUGGCUUAAUUUUAGCUACAGCAAUUUCAUUAUAUGCAAAUACUCUUGUUGCCAAGCUACAUGAAUAUGGUGGCAAGAGGCAUAUAAGGUACAGGGAUCUUGCAGGGGCUCUAUAUGGUAAGAAGGCUUAUUCUUUUACUUGGGCAUUGCAAUAUGUAAACCUUUUCAUGAUCAACACGGGGUUCAUCAUUUUGGCUGGAUCAGCCCUAAAGGCUGUCUAUGUUCUUUUCAGGGACGACGAGGUGAUGAAGCUUCCGUAUUUCAUUGCCAUAGCUGGGUUUGGAUGUGCCUUAUUUGCCAUUUCAAUUCCUCAUUUGUCGGCUCUAAGAGUAUGGUUGGGAUUCUCAACAAUUUUCAGUCUGCUGUACAUUGUUAUAGCAUUUGUUCUGUCUCUUAAAGAUGGAAUGGAAGCUCCACCCAGGGAUUACAGCAUCCAUGGAACAAAUUCAAGUAAAAUAUUUACAACAAUUGGGGCCUGCGCAAAUCUUGUUUUUGCAUUCAAUACAGGAAUGCUCCCAGAAAUACAGGCAACAAUAAGGCAGCCAGUCGUCAAGAACAUGAUGAAAGCUCUGUACUUUCAGUUCACUGUUGGAGUUUUGCCAAUGUAUGCGAUUACUUUCGUUGGUUACUGGGCUUAUGGAUCUUCAACAUCGGCCUAUCUUCUCAACAACGUCAAUGGUCCUGUUUGGGUGAAGACCUUGGCCAACAUCUCUGCCUUUCUCCAGACAGUGAUCGCUUUGCAUAUAUUCGCGAGUCCAAUGUACGAGUAUUUGGAUACCAAGUAUGGAAUUAAAGGAAGUGCAUUGUCGCCCCGCAACUUGUCAUUCAGAAUAGCAGUAAGAGGCGGCUACUUGGCAAUUAACACCUUAGUCUCAGCUCUUCUGCCCUUCUUAGGUGAUUUCAUGAGCCUUACCGGCGCUAUCAGCACGUUCCCUCUCACAUUUAUCCUUGCAAACCACAUGUAUCUAAUCGCGAAGAAAAACAAAUUGAAUUCCUGGCAAAAGUUCUGGCAUUGGCUCAACAUUUGCUUCUUUGGAUGCGCAUCGGUUGCAGCAGCUGCUGCAGCCUUGAGGCUUAUAGCCGUGGAUUCCAAAACUUACCAUGUAUUUGCAGAUCUAUGAAACAAGAGUAGUUGGUUUUUCUCUGUUUUAGUUCCCUCGAUAUUUGCAUCUCCAUUGAUGCGUUCUCCAUUGAUGCGUUUCGAUGCAUGUUUCUGUGACAGUUUAGAUUACAAUUUGAAGCAUAGAAUAAGUGCCAUAUUUUAGGUUUGGCCUUCAAUUCAUUGUA